GCAGAGAUAUAAUGGGGUGCUGUUCAGGACGAUGUAUGCUGAUCUUCUUCUGCACUCUCCAAUUGAUGACAGCAUUGGAGAGGCAGGCUUUGGACUUCCUUGGGUACCAGUGGGCUCCCAUCAUGGUCAACUUCCUGCACAUAAUUAUGGUUAUCCUCUGCCUCUUUGGCACCAUUCAGUACAGACCACGCUAUGUUGUUCUAUACCUGCUGUGGACAUUACUAUGGGUGGCAUGGAAUGUCUUUGUGAGCUGUCUGUACUUGGACCUGGGAGGACUUUCCAAGGAGAGCGACCUGCUUUCUCUGGGUGUAUCAUCACACCGUUCAUGGUGGAAAGACAACAGUCCAGGCUGUGAUGACAGGGACCUUCCUGCCACUAGAUGGCAGAGUCUGGAGAGCCCAGAACUCAUCUCUGCUCUGGGAUGCUGGCUGGAAUAUCAAUACAUAGAGGUCCUACACUGCAUUGUACAAGUCCUAAUCUCUUGUAACUACACCUAA